AUGCCAGUGGAAGUACCUUGGUCGCGGCUGGUGCGGUUUAUCAGCGCCGAAGACGAUGGCAUCCAUUUCGGUGACGCGGUGGUUCCUUCAGCGGAUUUCGACAUUGGAGACCCCAAAAAUGCCAAUAGUCUGGCAGCAAAGCUCAUCGAGGGAAAUCCAUUGUCCCUCGACUGCAAAGUCACUGACCAAGUUGUCAGAGUAAAGCAGCUACUGGGCCCAUUGACAAGGGACAUGGUGCCAGCGUUGAGGUGCAUCGGAGGCAAUUACAGAUCACACCUCAAGGAAAUGAAAAUGGAAAUCCCCAGAAACCCUCUACUUUUCGCCAAAUUUCCUAACGCCGUCGCCGGCUACGGCGACAACAUCCCCAUUCCGAAGUUGAUUCAAGAUGGGCAAGCCGACUACGAGGGGGAACUGGCCAUUGUGAUUGGCAAAGAGGGCAAGGACAUCAGAGUCGAGGACGCUAUGGACCAUGUCCUUGGCUACACGGCUGCAGACGACAUGUCGGCAAGGAAAUGGCAAUCAGAUCCUGAUUUGGUGGGGACGUGGCCACCGCCGCAGAUGACCUUUGCGAAGAGCUUCGAUGGGUUUUGUCCCAUGGGUCCAUGUAUCGCUUCGACCAAGGUGGUUCCCGAUCCCCACGUGCUGCCUCUCAAAACGUUCGUGAACGGCGAGCUGCGCCAGAACGGCAACACCGACGACUUUGUCUUCGGCGUCCCGCAGCUCAUUGCCUUCCUGAGCCAAGGCAACACUCUACAGGUGGGGAGCAUCAUCCUGACCGGGACUUGUUCAGGCGUCGGUUUCGCAAUGAAGCCACCACAGCAUUUGAAGACCGGAGACAAAAUUGAGAUUUCGUUCGGCCCGAUCGGGACGUUGGUCCACGGUAUCAAAUACGAGUGA